UUAUAUUUCUUAGAGCCUUUAUUUAUAUACAUUCACUACAGUUUUUUACUAAAUAAGCCAAACAAAGAAAAACACCCAAAAUCCAACGUUAAAAACUAUUAUGUAUCCUCUAACAUUAUGUCCGAAGUAUUUGAAAAUCAUAUAAACGAUAAAGAGAGGGAGACUCCCAAUGAGGGGACUACAAAUGAAGAAAAUCCCAAUAAAGAGAAACCCAAUAAGGAUAAUCCAAAAGAGGAGAAUCUCACUGAGAUCUCACCCAGUGAAGAGCCUUGCAAUGAGGAUCCUCCGAAUGAGAAGACUUCUGCUGAGGAUACGAUGGAAAGUAAAUCGGAGGAAACAAUUACAAGCGAUAGUGAAAGCUCCGAAGUGACAGAAGACACGGAAAACAAUGAGCUCUAUAAACUGCCCUUUGAAACACCCUUUUUGCUGAAAAAGCCCUUUGAUCUGCGAGUGGGCAACUUUGAUCGUGUUCUAGAUAAAUUGCGCACCAGCUCAACGGCAAUAUGUUAUCCGAGUAUAUCAUUCAAAGAACUGGCCAAAAAAGUGGAUCCAGAUGAAACCAUUGCUCAUGGUUUGGAUAAACUCUGGGCUAAAGUCAAAGGUCCGCGGCGUCAGGCAACCGGCGAAGCAUUGCUGACAAUGUUCCAGAAGAACCUAAGACCUGGUUUGAUUGUUGUGGUUGAGGACAAGCAGUUCCGCUGCCACGCCAUGGUGCUGCAAGUGCUCUCGAGCUUCUUUCGGCGACCGGAAUUGGCGCCUUCUGAAAUCUACCAGCUGCCCAGUUCGAUGGUCUCCGCCCGGGCCUUUGUCGCCAUGUAUCGUUGGGGUCUGGAGCCAGCCGACACCAUGUCCUCCACACUACUGAUGCAGGUCUUCAGGGCUGCGACGUUCUUCGAUUGCCAGGAACUCAUUAACAACUGUUGGACGGGAAUCAAUGAGGGCACUCGUACUCCGGACCGGGCAUUUUGCACAUAUCUGCAGGGCAAUUUGAUGGGUAUGCGCCUGGAGGAGAAUCUGCUGGAGCGAAUGAGCACUCUCUUUUUGCAGUUCGCCGCCAGCAAGGAGUAUUUGUAUCUGGAAGCUGACACGGUACAGAGAUUACUGGGCUUAUCUUCGCUGGCUGUGAAUUCGGAAAUGGAGGUUUUUCUAGCCGCCAUUUAUUGGCUAAAUCACAAGUGGCCACAACGCAUCAAAUAUUCAUAUCUGAUGAUGGAUGCCAUUCGCUUCGACUGGUUGCCUUACACGUUUCUAAUGUCUCUUCUAAAGAAAAUCGAUAGUGGGCCGCCAGUGCUGAAAAUGCUGUCCCGCACUCCGUUUGUGAGUAAGAAGGCCUUCAAAGCCAUCAGGGUCAUGCGGGGUUCGAGAAAAAAGUUACAGGGACGAGGCGGACAAACUGAUCGCAUCUGGAUCUACGAUCGCCGAGCUCUGCAUCAUCAUACGGUUGAAUGUCGCCGUGUCCAGUUCGUGGGCUAUGACACCUUUGUGCGUUACCUGGAGUUUCUACAGACUGCCGGAAAUAAUCACUGGCUGUCGUUUCGCACCAUCGACGAUCCGGAAAUCAGAUGUUGCCCCCUGCAUCGACGCUACUAAUCUUUCAAGGCAAGGUAGUACAUUAAUCUAAGAGCAGAGUGUAACCCCUUUCCUUAUUAAGUGUAUCAGUGAAAUGGACGUGCCCUGUAGAGUGCAAAAUUCUUGUGAAUACUUUGAAUACAUAUGCAAUGCAAUAAGA